CUUUUGACUCCACACUUAGAGGCAAGAGAAAGACUCUCUCUUCUCUGCAUCUUACUUAAAAAGCAACCCAUAAUUCCCAAAUACUUGAUCUCAUUUAUCAGGGACAGAGAUGACGAUGGAUCAGCCACAAUACCCCUCUGUUACUCACAAGGCAGCUGGAAUUUUCCUUGUUAGAUCUACGCAAAAUCGAGAUCUUAUGGCAUACCAAAGGCAAUAUAAAUAUGGAAAUCAGACUAAGCCCUGGUUGCAUAGAUGUGAAGGGAUGCCCGUGGUUUCAUCUUACUCAUCGCCAGUUUUCGUCCAAGCUCCUUCAGAGAAAGGCUUUACCAGCUUUGCAAUUGAUUUUCUUAUGGGUGGUGUCUCAGCAGCUGUUUCAAAGACAGCAGCUGCUCCAAUUGAGCGUGUCAAACUCCUGAUCCAAAAUCAGGAUGAGAUGAUCAAGGCUGGGAGGUUAUCUAAACCAUACGGUGGCAUAGCUGAAUGUUUUAGCCGAACAAUGAAGGAGGAAGGAGUUAUGUCUUUGUGGAGAGGCAAUACAGCAAACGUUAUUCGUUAUUUCCCAACUCAGGCCUUGAAUUUUGCGUUUAAGGAUUACUUCAAGAGGCUUUUUAACUUCAAAAAGGACAGAGACGGUUACUGGAAAUGGUUUGCUGGUAAUCUUGCAUCAGGAGGUGCAGCUGGUGCAUCUUCCCUUUUCUUUGUCUAUUCUCUUGACUAUGCCCGAACUAGGCUAGCUAAUGAUGCUAAGGCUGCAAAAGGAGGAGGAGAUCGACAGUUCAAUGGUAUGGUUGAUGUUUACAAGAAGACAUUAGCAUCUGAUGGAGUUGCUGGACUUUACCGUGGAUUCAAUAUCUCAUGUGUUGGAAUCAUUGUGUACCGCGGUCUCUACUUUGGUUUAUAUGAUUCUUUGAAGCCGGUUGUCCUCACUGGAUCACUACAGGAUAGCUUCUUUGCUAGCUUUGCACUAGGUUGGUUAAUCACAAACGGUGCUGGACUAGCAUCCUAUCCAAUUGACACUGUUCGUAGAAGAAUGAUGAUGACAUCUGGUGAAGCAGUGAAAUACAAAAGUUCAAUGGAUGCAUUUACUCAAAUCUUGAAGAAUGAGGGUCCAAAGUCCCUUUUCAAGGGUGCUGGUGCAAACAUUCUUCGUGCUAUCGCUGGUGCUGGUGUCCUCUCUGGCUACGACAAACUCCAAUUACUUGUACUCGGAAAGAAGUAUGGUUCUGGUGGCGCUUAAGCUUGAUCAGCAAUCAUGUUUGCCAUCUCUCUACCUAACAUUAAUCCGAAUAUUCUAACUUGAAUUUCGAAUACAAAAACCGGAGAUGUGAUUCAUAUUGCAGCAGCUGCUGCUUCAGUUCAGUUCAGUUGCUAGUUUAGUUUCAGGUUCCCAAAAAAUUAAGGCAUUGUACAAUGCCCAAUUUUGUUAGUCAUAUCUUGCAUAAAAGUUCAACUUUCUUUUCCCCACUUUAUGGGGCAAUUUUUUAAAUAGAUUUUCCAGCCAACUCAAUAAUGUAGUUUAGUGCAUUCUAUGUUAAAUCAUUUGAUUAUUUUGUGUAUUUAUCUUGGUGCUUCUAAUUGUCAUGUGAAUCAAAGUGUUAUCAAAACCAAAAUGCAUAGAAUGUUUUGGCAAAA